AUGCACUCUGAUGCGGCAAAUUUUCAGCUCAAUUCUCAUUUAAGCACACUGGCCAACAUCCAUAAGAUCCACCACACCUUACACAGGCUGAACUUGACAGAAGACAUUGGACAGGACAGCCACUCUUCAGCUUGUUGCUCUAGAGCCAUGCCUCCUAGGAAAAAGAGGAGACCCUCUGCUGGAGAUGAUAUGUCAGCCAAGAAGAGUCGCCAAGACAGUAUGUACAGAAAGCAUGAGGCAAUACAAAUACGAGAAGAGGACACAUUUUCAAAUAAAAGAUGUCUAGAAUGGUUCUAUGAAUAUGCAGGUUGUGAUGAUGUGGUUGGUCCAGAGGGCAUGGAAAAGUUCUGUGAGGACAUCGGGGUUGAGCCAGAAAAUGUGGUGAUGCUUGUUCUUGCGUGGAAGUUAGAUGCCCAAAGUAUGGGCUAUUUCACCCUCCAGGAGUGGCUGCGAGGGAUGGGCUCUCUGCAGUGUGACUCCACUGAAAGGCUACGGAACUCUCUGGACUACUUGAGAUCUGUCCUCAACGAUAGCACUAGUUUUAAACUAAUUUAUAGAUAUGCCUUUGAUUUUGCACGGGAAAAGGAUCAGAGAAGUUUGGACCUAAACACAGCAAAAUGCAUGCUUGGUCUUCUUUUAGGAAAGACGUGGCCACUAUUUCCUGUGUUUAAUCAGUUUCUAGAGCAAUCAAAGUACAAAGUCAUCAACAAAGACCAAUGGUGUAAUGUUUUAGAGUUCAGCAGGACAAUCAACCUGGACCUAAGUAACUAUGAUGAAGACGGUGCCUGGCCUGUCUUGUUGGACGAAUUUGUUGAAUGGUACAAAGAAAGACAAAUGUCAUAG